AAACCAGCGCAACAGAGUAGUUCAGCGCCACCGAGCAGCAGAAGUUCCCAAUUGAACGGACUGGUGACUGUCGCAGACUCCAGAGAAAACCGUUUCUGACAUGCACUUUGAUAAAACGCCAAAAGAGAAGCCGUGUUGCACCCUGCCCACUGUGAAGAAACUCUUGGAGCAGAAGCGAAGACGUGAGACAUCUGCUGUGCAGCCCCCCUGCUCUACUGCUAACACAAGUCCUAUUGCACCAGCUGUUCUCUCAGAGUUAUCCCCACCAGAGCCAUUUACCUGCACAGGUGCAACAAGCAGUUACUCAGACAUGGCAAUGAGCUAUGAGCAGUGGACCCCAUCCCCUGAGCCUGCGCUCAGCUACUACACCAGCCACCCCGGCCCCAGCUAUGCUCCAACCUUCAACCUCCAAAUGACACCCGCAUACAACACACAGCAGCAGAUCCCUACAUUUGGAGACUCAAUGUCCCAGUCAUAUGAUUGCUCAGUGGCAGUUGUGGACCCCAGUGCAUCUUCGUCGUGGGAACUUCUUGAUUCCAGUCAGAUUGCACAACAAGUUUUUGUUCCAUCAAUGGACGCCAGCAAGCUGAGGGACGCCAGAAUGCAGCUCAAUGGGAUGGACUACAGCAGCCAGGAUGAAGAUGGAGACACCAUCCUGCACAUCUACACUGCCAAAGGGCUUAGGGAGUAUGCGUACGCAGCGGCAGAAAGGCUGAGGGAUGUUGGAAAGCUUGAUGCCAAAGAACACAAUGGAAAGACUGCUUUACUUGUGGCAGUGACUGCAAACCAACCAGAGAUCGUGCAAGACCUGCUGUCUUUAGGCGCCGAGAUCAAUGCCUCCAACAACAAAGGACAAACGGCCCUUCAUUUGGCUGCCCACUAUGGAUUUCCAGGUGUUCUGCAGGCAAUUCUGUCCAGCAGACCAUCUGUAAACUUGGAGGCUCGAAAUUUUGAGGGUAUGAGCCCCCUGCACUGUGCAGCGAUUUCUCACAGUGUCACCAUUAAGGCUUUGUCUUCCACCUCGCAAGCAGAUGUUAGCCUCCAGGCCAAAGCUACUGAGAAGCUCUCCUGUGUGAAGAUGCUCCUUCGAGCGGGGGCAUCUCUUCUCAGCCAGGAAAUCAAAAGCAACAAGACGGUGCUGCACUUGGCUGUCAAGGAAGGAAACAUUGAUUUGGUGCGUUAUCUGUUGAGCCUUCCCCUGGCAAACAUGAAAGACUUUGUCAAUAUGAAGGCUCACGGACACACAGCUUUACACAUGGCAGCUGGUCUCCAUGGAAACCCACACCAGGAAGACAUCCUGCAGCUGCUGCUGAGCAGAGGAGGUGAUCCCAGUAUCCGCAACCUGGAGAACGACCAGCCAGCUCACCUGCUGCAGAGCGGUUUGCACGGAGAGCAUCUUAAGAUGAUGCUGAAAAAACGAAACUCUCGCCGGCGUAACGUGUCCUUGCAGGACCAGGAAUGACUAAAUCCACUUGUAAUCCCCAUUUGUAGGGAGUGAAACUCCACUGUGCUUCUUUUAAGGAGAAUUUAUGUAAUAUUUUAAUCCUAAAAGGUUUUAGGAGAUUCUAUCCUAUAUACUGACAAACAAAAUAGCCUGGAGUAUUGACGAUACUCGACUGUAUUUGCUAUAUUGUGUUUUCUCCUCCAAAGAUUGUCAUAAAGGGUUUCUAUAUUUGAAUGAUCUAAAGAUAUUCUUGGGAAUUACAAAGUACUGCCAAGUAUAGUAUUUCAUGUCGUCAAAUAGGCUAAUCUCCCAGUUUAUUGUUGAUUUCUAUGAAAUCGUUAAACUAAACUUCAGGACCAUGUCUCUGAAUUCAUAGACUCCCGCCUUUCUGCCUUUAUUUUUAAGGCAUCAUGAUACCACAAGUGGUGUAUUCUGAUUUCAGUUAACAUGUGUACUUAUGUUAAGUUUUCAUGCACAUGUUUCAAAUGAAAUUACUCUACGACAUAAUUUAACUGUCUUUCUGUACACUGACCUAUUUCUGUGAAACAUCAGGUGUUGGAUUUGUGAAAAAGGAAACCACCAUGUAAAUCUCUUCUUUUCAUCGGCCGAGAACGUUUUUUUCUUAUCACACAUGGUCUGAUUCACCGUGCUUUUCUCUCAUGAGUCACGAGUAAUGGCGCA